CUAUCGACGCUAAGGUGGCUCGAGCCAAAAAAAGUGAAGCCGACGUGUGCUGGCUUAGUCGGCCGCGUUUCAUAGAUUCGGGGCUGCGGGCAUCACCUCUACUGCUGUCACCACUGAGUCUGCAUCGCUAGCUGCAUGCACGCUCUCUAAACUCAAAAUAAUACACAGCACCACAGCUGCAAGCCGCGGCAACCCAAAUACAGCAUCCGUCGCGUCCGGCGGUUAUAAAUACAGCAGCCACCACAGCUGCAAGCGCCGCGGCCACCGCGCGCGCCAAACACAACAACGCGUCGCGUCAGGCGGUUCAUGAGCCGAGUCAGGCAGCGGAGUCCCCGCAACAGCGUCGACGGCGACGACGACAUGAGCACGGGGAGCGCGAGCCCGGCGCCGCUGCUGCCCUCGUCGACAAAAGACGUCACACCGAGCAAGGAGGGCUUCUCUCUACUCAAAGGCGCCUUACUCGCGGGCGUCGUCGUGCAGAACGCCGCCUUAAAUGUGACGGCGAGGUGGUCGAGGGUGGAAGCUUUGCAUCGGGAAGCGCGCGGCGAGUGCCACGCGUCGCCCGGCGCCGUCGUAUUAGUUAUUGAGCUCAUGAAGAUUGUAUUAGCUCUUGUACUCCUAGCAGUAGAAAUCAAAGGCAACCCAGUUAUCUCUGUCAUGAAAACAACAGUAACGCACCCUCUGGACUGCCUCAAAGUGAUCGUGCCGGCCGUGUUGUACGUCAUCCAGAACCAGUUACUGUUAGUAGCAGCAGCAAAUUUGGAAGCACCUGUACUCGGCUUAUUUGGCCAAUUAAAAAUACUGACGACAGCACUGUUCUCCGUAGCUCUACUGGGCAGAACGUUGGGGAAGAGAAGGUGGGUCGCCCUCGUCGUAUUAACCGCAGGAAUAGCCACGGUCCAAACGUCGCAGAUGCACUCGGACGGUUCCGGCGACGCGGGUGAGAAAAAUGUACCGUUAGGGCUGAUGAUGAUCUCCGUCGUCGCGUCGUUGUCAGGCUUCGCGGGCGUGUAUUUUGAGAAGGUGCUGAAGGGGUCACCAAUAUCUCUGUGGACGCGCAACGUCCACCUCGCGCUGUUCUCCGUGGCGACGGUCGGAUUGCAAGUCGUUUCCGGUGAUUUCGAGGAGGCCUGCCCCCAUUCACUGAUAGAGUACUUAGUACAAGGUCUAGGACCCGUGGCCUGGGCCUACGUCGUCAUCCAAGCGGCGGGCGGCUUGUUAAUUGCGGCGGUCAUCAAGUACGCGGACAACAUUCUGAAGGCGUUCGCUACUUCAGUUGCUAUUUUAGUCAUUGCCCUGGUGUCGUCGAUGUUCUUCGGCUUCGCGCUGUCGUCGCUGUUCUUCCUUGGGGCAUCUGGAGUCAUCUACUCCAUCUUCCUGUACGGGGAUUUGCUCAAGGACUUGGGGCCCUGCGGGAAAUGUCCUUCGUGGUUAGGAGGCCUGGAGCGGCCGAGUACUCCGCGGGGGGUUUAAAGUGUGCGUGACAUAU